UUGUAACGAGAAUGCUUCAACAUUACUACUCUUCAUUGACAGUACUUCUUAACGAAUUGAUUUCUUGUGCCACGAUAUCUCAUACAAUGAUUCAGCUCUUUUUAUCUCUAUAAAUGACCACUUCCCCCAUCGUUAAUUUCCACGGCUAAAAGCUAAAAAUCAUCAAAGUACUCAAAUUGGCAUGGCUACCAUGGUUGCUUUCUUGAACUUGGUCAUCAUGCUUUCAGUGGUCUCUACCGGAAAGUCACUGAGCUUAAACUACUAUGAAAAUACAUGCCCUAAAGCGGAGUGCAUUGUUGCGAAGGCAGUGAAGGAUGCCACUGCUAAGGACAAAACUGUUCCAGCAGCACUUCUUCGAAUGCACUUCCAUGAUUGUUUCAUUCGGGGGUGUGAUGCCUCCGUGCUGUUAAAUUCAAAAGGAAACAAUAAAGCAGAAAAAGAUGGGCCACCAAACGUUUCUUUGCAUGCAUUCUAUGUCAUUGAUGCAGCAAAGAAAGCAUUAGAAGCUGCAUGCCCUGGUGUGGUCUCUUGUGCUGAUAUCCUAGCUCUGGCAGCAAGGGACGCAGUUUUUCUGUCUGGAGGACCUACAUGGGAUGUUCCUAAAGGAAGAAAGGAUGGAAGAACAUCUAAGGCCAGUGAAACCAUAAAGUUACCAGGUCCAACCUUCAACUUAUCACAACUGCGGCAAAGCUUCUCUCAAAGAGGACUGUCUGGGGAAGACUUGGUAGCUCUGUCAGGGGGGCAUACUCUGGGUUUCUCUCAUUGCUCAUCUUUCAAGAGCAGACUCCACAGCUUCAAUGCUACACAUGAUAUUGACCCUUCAUUAAAUCCGUCAUUUGCAGAAAAACUGAAAUCAAUUUGUCCACUAAAAAAUCUGGCAAAAAAUGCAGGCACCACUAUGGACCCUUCUUCAGCAACUUUCGACAAUACAUAUUACAGGUUGAUCCUCCAACAUAAAGGCUUGUUUUCUUCUGAUCAAGCUUUGCUUGAUAACCCAGACACCAAGAAUCUGGUUACGAAGUUUGCCACCUCACAAAAGGCAUUUAAUCAGGCUUUCGCAAAGUCCAUGAUCAAAAUGAGUAGCAUCAACGGGGGACAAGAGGUUAGGAAGGACUGCAGAGUGGUCAAUUAAAAAAUUAAAUCAAUUUGAAAGUUGAUGUUGCAUACAAGUUAUUCAGUACGAAAUUGGUGGAACAAAGUUCCCAUAUGGGCAAGAAUAUUGCAUCUUUUUCCUCCACAAAAAAGAAAUUGGUAUAUUUAUCUCAAGUUAAUAAUAUAUAAAUCAUGUCUUGGGAAAUUAAUUUAGUAGUUAUAAAUAUCAUUUUGGUAGUCUUGAGUAAUGAGUCAAGCAAGGUUCCGCCGGACAAAUGAAGGUAUCCCUGCUUAAUCAAAGGAUGAAAGUCAAGGUAAAAAUUAAGAGCUCAACUUUUGUGACAA